AGUUCUUCAAAAGACCCAGGUUUCUGUCCUCUACAUUGUACAUCAGUGGGAUUCACUCUGCUGGAACAAAAUAAUGUCGUCUUCAACCCAUUGAAGGAAAGGGAAUUUUUUUUUAUAUUUAUGAUGAUUUGACAUAAUUAAUGUUUUAUUAACCAUGAUGGCAACACAGACAUUAAGUAUAGACAACUAUCAAGAUGGACAACAGAUGCAAGUAGUAACAGAAUUAAAAACGGAACAAGAUCCCAGCUGCUCUGAAACUGAUGCAGAAGGGGUGAGUCCUGCCCCUGUAGAAUCUCAAACUCCAAUGGAUGCAGACAAGCAGGCCAUUUACAGGCACCCACUGUUUCCCUUGUUAGCACUAUUAUUUGAAAAAUGUGAACAAUCUACACAAGGCUCAGAAGGCACAACUUCUGCUAGUUUUGAUGUAGAUAUUGAAAAUUUUGUAAGAAAGCAGGAGAAAGAAGGAAAACCCUUUUUCUGUGAAGAUCCAGAAACUGAUAAUUUGAUGGUAAAAGCAAUCCAAGUUCUACGUAUCCAUCUGCUUGAGCUAGAAAAAGUUAAUGAACUCUGCAAGGAUUUCUGUAGUCGUUACAUUGCCUGCCUGAAGACAAAAAUGAACAGUGAAACUCUAUUAAGUGGAGAGCCUGGAAGUCCUUAUUCACCUGUGCAAUCUCAGCAAAUUCCAAGUGCCAUUGCAGGCACACUCAGUCCCCAAGGGAUUAUGGUGCCAGCAUCAGCAUUGCAGCAGGGAAAUGUAACUAUGGCAACAGUAGCAGGGGGGACAGUGUAUCAGCCAGUCACUGUGGUCACUCCACAAGGUCAAGUGGUGACACAAGCACUGUCACCUGGGACUAUUCGUAUCCAGAACUCUCAGCUUCAGUUGCAAUUAAACCAAGAUCUAGGCAUCUUGCAUCAAGAUGAUGGCUCAUCAAAAAAUAAAAGAGGAGUUCUUCCCAAGCACGCUACAAAUGUGAUGAGAUCGUGGCUUUUUCAGCACAUAGGGCAUCCAUAUCCAACAGAGGAUGAGAAGAAACAGAUUGCAGCACAAACAAAUCUGACACUACUCCAGGUUAACAAUUGGUUUAUCAAUGCUAGAAGGCGAAUUCUUCAGCCGAUGCUGGAUUCCAGUUGUUCUGAAACUCCAAAAACAAAGAAGAAAACAGCUCAGAACCGACCGGUUCAGAGGUUCUGGCCUGACUCCAUUGCCUCAGGAGUUGCUCAGCAGCAAUCUAACGAGCUCACGAUGUCAGAUGGUGCUGUUGUAACAAUUACAGCUCCAGUCAACAUGAAUGUAGACAGUCUCCAGUCUUUGUCAUCCGAUGGUGCUACUUUGGCUGUUCAGCAAGUUAUGAUGGCAGGGCAAAGUGAGGAUGAGUCUGUAGACAGCGGUGAAGAUGAUGGAGGAGAUCUCUCAACAACAAAUAUCAGUGGGCUGGUCUUGGAUAACAGCGAUUCUCUGCAGUAGGAAGCAAGAGAGUGUGACAAAAUGUUUAGGAAAAAGAAUGGACUGACUGACUGUUUUUAUAGUUUGCACAGCAAACAUUUUACACAAGUUUUAUUUCUAAUAUGUUUUAUAUGUAGAUAUAGAAGGGUGCACUUUUUUGUAUUACAUAGUAAGCUUAAAGAGUGUUUUUGCAGGUGCAGCAACUUCUUUCAAAUGUGUUUUUUCAUUUCUUUUCCUUUUCUUAUUUCAGAAAAUUGUAUCUAGUAAUAUAAAGAACCACAUAAGCACCCCUUUGUUCUAUGAAUUGGAAGUGCUGCAAUUUCUAAAGAAUUAUGCAGUUUCAAUUAGUGCUGUUAUUUAACACAGCUCUUGAUGGGCAGGUGAUGUAAAUUUAAAGCAUGUGACACUAGUGUGUGGAACUUGAUCAUUAAGUUGGAUGCAUAUAUUUGAAAGAUGCUUCUGCACCUUAAAAACUGCUAGUCUGAGGUGGACAGCAACACACAUAAAAAGAAAAUGUUGAUGUGUGAUUCAGUAGCGAAUGUAUGGCAAUUUAAAUAAGUUUAGUUUCUCUCAUAGUCCGUGAGCCUGUUUAUCAUUUGCUAUAAAAACUCCUAUUUUUACCUUGCCGGGGUUAUUGGAUAAAAAAUAUUUUUAUAAAUUCACUAGGAAUUGGGAUGACGACUGUAUUAAGCAGGAGGAAAGAAAAAAAAAAAAAGAAUUUCCAGAGGGGAAAAAUAAAUGGUUAGUAUUCCUAUUUGGAAGGUCUGAAAACUGACCAAAUUUAAUAAUCAAGCCUACGCUAGCAUUCUAUGAUUCUCAGCUGUCCCACAGUGAUAUACUAUAUUUGAUAAUAGCAUAAGAAGGGCCCACUGUUUGAUGGGAUUUUGAUAUUGUCAAACAUUGAUUUAUAUUAUGUGUAAACUAAUAUUCAAAUUACAUUAACUCUGUAUCUAGACUUGUAUCUGAAGAUAUUUGCUAAAUGAGUAUUCAGGUAAGUAAAUUCAAAUACCCACAACUUUUCCAGUUAUUAGAGAAAUUUAACAGUUUAUAGUUUGUACAACUGAAUCUGAAAAAUGAAAAGUUGCCUACUAUACAGUCAUGAAUUCUGCUAUCACUCUGCUAUUUUAUUGCAUUUGAAAUAUUUUCCCCUAAUACAAAAAGAAAUAUAACAUAUGGAUUUUUAUAAAAUUUCUUCAAAUCUGAAGGUUACUACCAGAAUAUACAGCAGGCUUUAUUAGAGUAGAAAAUCCUUGUGUGUCAUUUAAAAACUAAGAGCUAGUCAUGAAAACACUUUUUUUUUGUGGUAACAGUUCAUUUCUUUUUUUUCCCAGAGUUUGGAGUCUGUGUCUGUCUAUCCAUAAACACUUACUUUUGAACUUUGUAUUUCCCGUUGUUAAGUACAAAUAACAGACUCCAAGAGUCUCACAGUAGUCUCACAGUAAGAUCAAUGUCCUCUUUUCCCCCCGUCCAUUUGUCACAAUGUUGGGUUAGAUCAAAGCCAGAACUCCCUUCUGAUUUAGACCAAAUCUAGUUCAGUUCUAACGUGACAGGGAAAAAGAUGAUAGCUUUUAGAAUCUUUAGACACUGUAUUUGAACAAAGCCCUUUGACAGAUGCAAAUAUUUAAUUGAAUACUUAAUUUCUGCUUCACAAAACACUUAGGCAUGUGCUUAGGUCGCAUUGAUUUCAGUAGGAUUAGCACAUGUACUUUUUGACGUGCUUAAAUGGUUGGAAGCUGGUCUUUAAAGAUUGUCUUCCAAGGCAAGUAUAAGUUGGUAUGAAGAGAAACUUCAGAGAGGAAUGUCAGUAGCAUUGGCAUACAUACGUGGCGAAUAAUACUAGUUUUCAAUGACUAGUAGCUAUUUUGAAGAAUUGGCGUUGGGUUUUACUUGGCACAAGUGAUGUUUCUGCUAUGGCUCUUGCUUAUUCCUGGCUGAGGAUCUUGCUUCUUAGUUCAAAUGCUGUAGUGAUCUACGCCAGCUGGAGUGGUAAUCUAAAGACUUUGUUUUCUUCUAACUUCUCUGCUUUGCCACUGAUGUGCAAUGUUUGUUAAAGAGCACAGUAAAUUAAUAAUGAAAGAUCUAAUUAGGAAAGCUUUGACAUAGCAUAACUGUCUCAAAGGCUAUUGUCAAAUCCAGUUUGACCCCAAAACAUUUAAAAAGACUGACAUCAUGUACAAAUCAUGCUCCUUUGGAAACAUUCAACCUGCUGCUCCUACAAAGGAUACCUGAGAUGACUAGAACCGAGAGACAGAUUCUGUAGUUUUCUUUUUAGUUGUUUUUGAUUUAACUCCGUAAGUGCUUCAUCACCCCCACAGUUUCCAUUAUAUAGUAGGUUAUAUUUGUUGGUUUGUUUGGGGUUUUUAUUCAGCUACCCUUGUUCAUAUUUAAUAGUGCAUUAAUCUUUGUACUUCUAGCACGUAGGCAGAUGAAUAGUGUACUUCUCAGUGCGUACAGGCCUACGGACAAAUACGUGCUUUUCCAAAUCAACCUAUGCUGGAGGAACAGGCCAUUUCUCACGAUCUCCUUUCCCUCCCUGACCAGUUGUUGCUGCCUCAGAUCUACCAGCAGAGCUUUCCCCAGCCUGCUUUGAGGUAGUCUAGGAAGCAGCUCAGCCGGCAGAUCUGUUAGGGUAGCAAAGUAGCCAGCAGUGAAGGGAAGGGUAAACCAAAAUGGGCAAAAAAAACUUCUGUGGUUUGGAGAUAAUGUGGCAAUGGGCGUUUGCCCACACUUCAAAACUGUGAGAACUGAGAUCUUAAAAAGAGAGAGGGUAUUAAAACAUCUAUACAGCUGGCUGGAAGAGGGUUCAGGAAUAUGUAGUUUAUGUGCCACUUGGAACUCAAUUGGAAACAACCAGGCAUCAGGUUUUGCAAACUUCUGAAAGCUUAUUUUUCGGAAAGAAACCGUUAUCUGGUUAGCUUGCUUAUUCCCCUCACCUUACAUGCAGCUGAAGCUUUAUUCUGAAACAUUUGCGACCUUGUCUUCAGCUAGUUUAUCAAUACCUGGAAAGUGAAGUUGACAGAAUUUACUGUGAAAGGGGGAAUGUGGAAUAGUUUUGCUGUCAAAUUAGAAACAUAAAAACAUAAGGACGUGGAUUCCUAAAACUGAAAAGGCUUUACCAGUGUAGUCAAAGGUAUCGCUUAACAUACAGAACUCAAACCUUGUCUUUUAAUUCAGUGAGAAUUCUGUAGUGGGUAUGAACUGCACAGAAGUGCUUGUUCUUUUCACG